CGGGGCUUAUCUGUGGGCGGGGCUUCCUCGAGUUCCGGAGUCGAGUUGCUGCCUGGGCCGGAGCGGAGAUGCAGCCGCCGCCCCGAAAAGUGAAGCCAUCCCAGGAGGUGAAGCUUCGCUUCCUGGAGCAGCUGAGCAUCCUUCAGACCCGGCAGCAGAGAGAGGCGGACCUACUGGAGGAUAUCAGAUCCUACAGCAAGCAGAGGGCAGCCAUUGAACGGGAGUAUGGGCAGGCACUCCAGAAACUGGCUGGGCCAUUUCUGAAGAGGGAAGGACACCGGAGUGGGGAGAUGGACAGCAGACUUUCUCUGGGGAGAGGCAGGAUGGUGUUUGGUGCCUGGCGCUGCCUGCUGGAUGCCACCAUGGCUGGGGGCCAAGCCCGGCUCCAGGCAUCUGACCGAUACCGUGACCUGGCAGGAGGCACAGGGCGGAGCGCUAAGGAGCAGGUGCUUAGGAAGGGAGCAGAGAACCUCCAGAGGGCGCAGGCCGAGGUGCUGCAGUCUGUCCGGGAGCUGAGCCGAAGUCGAAAGCUGUAUGGGCAGCGUGAACGGGUGUGGGCCUUGGCACAGGAGAAAGCGGCUGAUGUCCAGGCCAGGCUUAACCGAAGUGACCAUGGCCUCUUCCACACUCGGACCAGUCUCCAGAAACUCAGCACCAAGCUGUCUGCCCAGUCGGCCCAGUACUCCCAGCAGCUGAGAGCGGCCCGCAAUGAGUACCUGCUCAACUUGGUGGCCACCAAUGCCCACCUUGACCACUACUACCAGGAAGAACUGCCGGCUGUGCUCAAGGCCCUGGUCAGCGAGCUGUUGGAACACCUGAGGGACCCGCUGACUUCACUGAGCCGCACUGAGCUGGAAGCUGCAGAGAUGGCUCUGGAGCAUGCCCACCGUGGGGGGCAGGCGACCUCCCAGGUAAGCUGGGAGCAGGAUCUGGAGCUUUUUCUUCAGGAGCCCGGAGUAUUUUCCCCCACCCCACCUCAGCAGUUUCAGCCAGCAGGGAAUGAUCAGGUGUGUGUCCUGGAGCUGGAGCAGGGCGCAGGAGGUGUCGCCGGGCAGAGUAGCCUGGAGAAAGAAGUUCAACGCUGGACCAGCCGAGCUGCCCGAGACUACAAGAUCCAGAACCAUGGGCAGCGGGUGCUGCAGCGGCUGGAGCAGAGGCGGCAGCAGGCUUCAGAGCGGGAGGCUCCAGGCAUAGAACAGCGGCUGCAGGAAGUGAGGGAGAGCGUCCGGCGGGCACAGGUGAGCCAGGUGAAGGGGGCUGCCCGGCUGGCCCUGCUGCAGGGGGCUGGCCUGGAUGUGCAGCACUGGCUGAAGCCAGCCAUGACCCAGGCCCAGGAUGAGGUGGAGCAGGAGCGACGGCUCAGCGAGGCCCGGCUGUCCCAGAGGGACCUCUCUCCCACGGCUGAGGAUGCUGAGCUCUCUGACUUUGAGGAAUGUGAGGAGACUGAGGAGCUCUUUGAGGAGCCCGCCCCCCCAGCCCUGGCCACCAGGCCCCUCCCCUGCCCUGUCCAUGUGGUGUUUGGCUAUCAGGCAGGACAUGAGGACGAGCUGACCAUCACAGAGGGCGAGUGGCUGGAGGUCAUAGAGGAGGGAGAUGCCGAUGAAUGGGUCAAGGCUCGGAACCAGCACGGUGAGGUAGGCUUUGUCCCUGAGCGGUAUCUCAACUUCCCGGACCUCUCCUUCCCUGAGAGCAGCCAUGACAGCGACAAUCCUUCGGGGGCAGAGCCCACAGCGUUCCUGGCCCGCGCCCUGUACAGCUACACGGGACAGAGCGCAGAGGAACUGAGCUUCCCCGAGGGGGCGCUUAUCCGCCUGCUGCCCCGGACCCAGGAUGGAGUGGAUGAUGGCUUCUGGAGGGGAGAAUUUGGGGGCCAUGUUGGGGUCUUCCCCUCCCUGCUGGUGGAGGAGCUACUUGGCCCCCCAGGGCCAUCUGAACUCUCAGACCCUGAACAGAUGCUGCCAUCCCCUUCCCCUCCCAGCUUCUCCCCUCCUGCACCCACCUCUGCCUUGGAUGGGUCGCCUGCACCUGUCCUGCCCGGUGACCAAGACCUGGACUGCCCUGGACCCCUGGACGUGAUGGCGCCUCGACUCAGGCCGAUGCGUCCACCGCCUCCCCCGCCAGCUAAAGCCCCGGAUCCUGGCCACCCAGAUCCUCUCACCUGAAGCCAGGGGGAAUCACUUUCCCCCAGUGAUGCUGCUGCCCCUAUCUCCGUGCUGUCAGAGACCACCCCUCCCCACGGUGAUCCAGAGCGACACAGCCAAAAGCUGGAAUCUCCCUGAUUUCCGUUCUCACCUUCAUGGGUAGAAACUUCUUCUCUCCCCAUUUCUGGGGCUGGAACCCACUCCUUUUUUGCCAUCAUCCUCCAGCCAUCUCUAAGGGCUGAAACUACUCCUUUGUCUUCUGCUACCACCCCAUCUCUAGGGUGGUGAAAUACCCUGAAAUGUCUGGGAUUGGAAUUCAUCCCCCAAAGUCUUGAGUGGCUCUGGCUUAUUUGUGUCUCCACCCUGGUUCUGUGAAUCACACCACUCCAGAUGCCAGAGCCACUGGGGUUGGGGGCUGGGAUGGGGGCAGGCCUGUCAGAAGGAGCUGGAGCCAGUAUGCGAAGCAGCUGUAAUGGUCUGAGCGGAUUUA